AUGUCCAACAGCAGCUCCAUGGACGAUUUCCUCCUCCUGGUAUUUGCAGACACACAGAAGCUGCAGCUCUUACAUUUCUGGCUCUUCCUGAUCAUCUACGUGGCUGUCCUCCUGGGCAAUGUCCUUAUCAUCACUGCCAUAGCCUGUGACCACCACCUCCACACUCCAAUGUACUUCUUCCUUCUCAACCUCUCCCUCCUUGACAUGGGCUCCAUCUCCACCACUGUCCCCAAAUCUAUGGCCAAUUCCCUCUUGGACACCAGGUCUAUCUCCUAUGAGGGAUGUGCUGCACAAGUCUUUCUGCUUGUCUUCUUGAUUGGAGCAGAAUAUUCAUUUCUUACUAUCAUGGCCUAUGACCGCUAUGUUGCCAUUUGCAAACCCCUGCACUAUGGGUCCCUGAUGGGCAGCAAAGCUUGUGUCAACAUGGCAGCAGCUGCCUGGGGCAGUGCUUUUCUCAAUGCUGUGUUGCACACUGCUAACACAUUUUUGCUACCACUCUGCCAUGGCAAUACUGUGGACCAGUUCUUUUGUGAAAUACCCCUGAUCCUCAAACUCUCCUGCUCAGACUCCAACUUGAAGGAAGUUGGACUAAUUGUGGUUAGUGCAUUUUUAAUCUUUGCUUGUUUUGUUUUCAUUGUUGUGUCCUAUGUGAGUAUCUUCAGGGCUAUGCUGAGGAUCCCCUCUGAGCAGGGACGAUACAAAGCCUUUUCCACAUGCCUGCCUCACCUGGCUGUGGUCUCCCUGUUUAUUAGCACUUUAAUGUUUGCCUACCUGAAGCCCCCCUCCAUCUCCUCCCCAGCUCUGGAUCUGGUGGUUACUAUUCUGUACUCAGUAGUGUCUCCAGCAGUGAACCCCCUCAUCUACAGUAUGAGGAACCAGGAGCUCAAACACGUAUUGAAGAAACUCAUCUUACUAGUGGUACUUCAAAAGCAGUGA